AUGAAUCUUAUGGAUAUCAAUAGAAAAUUAUGUCUUAAAAAGGAAAAUCCAUAUGACAAUAAUCAUAACUCUCAAUUGAUGAGGGAUAUAAAUUGUGGGAGAAAAAAAAUUAAUAACUAUGUAGAACCACAAAAAAAAACACUUUUAAAUAUUAGAAAUAAAAGCAAUUUUUUUCUCGAUUAUGAUAAUAAAGAAAACAAAAUGGGGGUAAGAGCUAGAAAUAUUUUUUUUUCAAAAAAAGUAGAAGCAGAUGAAAGGAUGAACAAUUUGUGUACUGAAAAGGAUACAACUUUAAGUAGCUCUAUACUAGACAAAGCAAUUGCAUCAAUUUGGAAUUGCAUAGAUAUAGAAGGAGAAAACGCCGUUGACUUGUUUAACAAUGACCUUUAUAAAUCUUUAACAAAAAAAGGAAAAGAAAAUUUUCAAAAAAUUAUUUUACCUCAUCUUUUAUCAGAUUCGCAAAAAGUAGGGGAACUAAAAAAUGUCUUCUUUGAAAAUAAAAUUAAUCCAUGUGAUAAAUUCUCUUACAGCAAUGUAUGUCAAUUGAAAAGAGUAGCAAAUGAAAGAAAUUUAUGUCUAUUAGUGAAUUGUGAUGAUGAUAAUAUAUUUCAGGAAAUAAUAAAAGCGCCUAAAAUGUUGGUUAUAUCUAAAAAGGCCUUUUUUAAAAUAAUAAAAGGGAAAAUUACAUCAGAGAACGAAUUAACAGAUUACACAAAUGUACUACUUAAAACGAUUUUGCAAAUGUGGAAAUGUAAGGAGAUAUUUUUUAACAAAAAUGAAGAAAAUUCUGUUUUCAAAUGUGAUAAUUCGACCGAUCAUUAUGCCUUUCCUAUUCAGAAAAAGAGUACUCAUUUGAGGUCCAGUAAGGGAGAAUACCCAUUGCUAGAAGAGGACUACAAAAUGAUAGAAAAGGAGAACUUACUGAAUUAUGUUAUUCAUAAGAGUAUAAUACAAAUGUCAAAAAGUGGUAAUGUAAGAAAUAGUGUAGAUCUUAAUGCACAAAACAGGAGCUUAUCAAAAGGUACAAUUCAUAACAAAAAAAAAUGUGUUCAAAUUAGAUGUUUAAAUAAAAAGAAAAAAAAAUACAAGGACCCGAUGGGUAUAUUGAAAACUUUCUUAAAAAAUGACACGAGCGAAGAAAAACACAACAAGGUGUUUAACGAACUAAGUGCGUGCACAUUUCAACCGAACAUUCGAAAAUUUGUAGAAGCUGAAAUGAGCAGUAUAAUAAGGGGAAAAUCCCCAACAGUUGUGAACAUAGGAAGAAGGGAGAUAGGAAGAGAAUUCAAGAGAGAGACAGAAAGAAAUGCCGAAAUAGAGGAGUUAUUUAAAUUAGCAGAUGGAAAUAUAAUUAAGGAUGUGCACAAAAGUUUGUUAAAAGAAUCCUCCAACGAGCAUGUUAAUAAAAUGAUGAAAAAUAAGAAUGCUAUGAAAUAUUUGCAAAUGUGUUGUCUUUCAUAUGGUAUAGAUAUGGGGAAAAAAUCCAAACAUUGUGAAAGAAAACCUUACGAUGAUGAGGAGCAACCGUUGCACAGAAUAAGUAGACAAAUUUUUCGCACCACAAGGGAAAACAUUCGUGAUGAUCAUCCUUUAAAUGUAAGGAUGGAGGGAUCAAAAAGAAAAUCUGGUAAUAGGACUGUUAAUAGGAAAUAUGCAUGGGAAAAUGAAUUACGGGGUGGUUACAUAAGUAAUUAUUUUAACUUCUCGGUUAUGCAUAAAAAUGAUAUAACCUCUGAAUCCAUAGAAAAAAAACAACAUAACGAGAGAAAGCCCGAUUGGAGUAAAGAAAUACGUUUAUAUGAAAGGAAGCUAAAAGCGAAAACUGUACCUAAUUUUGUCUUAUCAGAGGAAAUGCUUUCAUCGUUUGCAAGUGCGAAUUGUGAUGUUAAGGAGAAUUUUCCCGCACCUUCUUUUUUUUUCCUAAAGGAUAUGAAGAAUAAGAUUGAUCAAAGUUCGUGCAAAAACGAACAAGGAAACAUAAAAAACGAUGAGUUAAUAAAUUGUCCAGAAGGAAAAAAAAAAAAAAUUUCAUCAUCAAGUUCUCAUACUGAAGCAUUUUUGAAGCUUCACAACAAUACUGGACUAAUGCAAAAAUAUGAAUAUAAAAAAAUGAUAAAUGAGGAGAAAAAAAAACUUGAUGAAAUGGUAGAAGAUUAUUGUUCUUUUAUGCCUACUGUUGCAACUCAUCCUCCUAAAAUUGUUGCAGUGAAAUGGGAAAAGACACUAGACGAUGUUGAGAAGGAACUUUUUAGCUUACCGCAAUCUAUUGGACAUGCUCAGAUGUUCUGA